AUGAAAGGCUUAUGCUGCUAUCUUUUUCUUUCCCUUUCUAUCUGUUCUUUCCCCUCUUUAUCUCUUUCAUUAAACAAAGCCUUUGCGGCUGCGAUCACCCGUCGUCACCUAGGCGCUCUGAUAAAUAUCAAUCAUCGACCCUUUGUUUUUGAAUUUCAGAUCGAUGCCCGUUUGAAUUUCGCUAAUCCUAGACUUAGGAUGGCUUAUGGUGUCUUCCAAGAAUGGAAAAAGGUUAUCUUCUCGGACCCAGGUAACAUGAUCGCCAACUGGGAAGGCACAGACGUGUGUUCUUACAACGGGGUGUUUUGCGAAAAAGCUCCUGAUGAUCCAAAUUCAAUGACCGUUGCUGGCAUUGAUCUUAACCAUGGYGACAUYGCCGGCCAWYUGGYUCCUCAUMUKGGCCUAUUAACWGACCUUAGCKURUUCCAUAUAAAUUCSAAUAGAUUUUGUGGGAYCAUCCCRACGAGUUUCUCCARGCUCACRAUUCUACACGAGCUAGAUWUAAGUAAUAACAGAUUYGUAGGUCCKUUUCCUAGCGUUGUCCUAGAAUUGCCUCGAUUGAAGUAUCUUGAUCUUAGAUUCAAUGAAUUUGAAGGGCAGUUGCCUCCUCAACUCUUUGAUAAGGAUCUUGACGCUAUCUUCGUGAAUGACAACAAAUUCUCGUCCCCAGUCCCUGAAAACAUUGGUAAUUCAAAGGCUUCGGUGAUUGUGUUUUCAAAUAAUGGCUUUAAAGGUUGCAUUCCUAAGAGCAUUGGUCAAAUGACGGGAUUAGAGGAGAUCAUUCUAUCUAACAACGAGUUUUCUGGGUGUUUGCCGGAGGAAUUAGGAUUACUUGAGAACUUAACGGUCUUAGAUUUUAGCAAUAACCAGUUAGUAGGGACGCUUCCUAAAGGUUUCGAAAGAUUAAAGCAACUUGAGAAAAUUGACAUUGGACGGAAUCAGUUGAUAGGGAAGGUGGUCGAUAACGUUUGCAGUUUGCCCAAAUUGUUGAACUUUACGAUCGCUGAUAACUUUUUUGAUGGUUUGGAACCAACAUGUGAAAACCCAACGAAGGCUGAGUUUCUUAUAGAUGAUAAACAGAACUGUUUGCCAAAGAAACCGAAUCAGAAAGCAGUUGAAAAGUGUUCGCCGGUGGUGAAUCGGCCGAUAGAUUGUAAUAAUGUCGGGUGUGAGAAACAAAACGGUGGCCGUAGCAGUGACGAAGAGUCGUUAUGGAGAAAACCACCACAGAUCCCUGCACCACUGAUGCCAUCUCCUCCAUCACCUGUUGAACAACCACCGCCGCUGCUGCCACCUCCGACACCUGUUGUUCCGCAACCAGAACCUUCUCCACCUCCACCACCAAAGGUAGAGCCUCCACCACCACCGGUUGAAUCGCCUCCUCCACCGGAUCAAUCACCGCCUGUGCCCGUUUUCUCUCCACCACCCCCGGUGCUGCCGGAUCCAACGCCAGAAGUAGAGCCUUCUCCAGGUGCAACACCAGAAGUAAAUCGCAAUUUUUUUGGUUCUUUUGGAGUACACUUUGGGCCUGGUUUUUUCCAUCAUUUCCACUUCAAACAUGAAUCACAAACAAAAGUUAAUGACUAG